CCAAUGAGGGGUUUGGAGUACACAUUGGUAUUUAGUGUGGAAAUAAACCAACAAUUAGCAUUAAUGAAAUAGCUGUUAUAUGCUGAUCGUUUGCAAAUAUAUUGCCACAGCUACAAAAUCUCAGCGGCACAGGACAUGGCUCCCCGUAACUAAAUAAUUAAUCUUCCCAAAUGUCCAACUGGAGUAGAUGGAACAUUUCACAUUAAGCCGUCUACAGAGGCGUCGACUAAAGGUGGACGAUCGUCGCACACUCGUAUGUCAAAGGACAACAAGCAGCCUGUGAAAAAUGGACCUGGCACAGUAGAAACUAAAUACACACCCUGUAGGGACCCAAUGCCAGUUGAAGUUCAGAGAUCAAACCGUACAUGUGGACACGACGACAGGAGAGGGAGGAGCCGGUCUGUGGAGGCGCGGCCUCGAGCAAUGAGAAGUACAGGAAGAAUCCCUUCGGCCAUCCAGGCAGAAGAAGCCACUAUUCAUCAACACAAAGCUGUGGGCCUCGGUGGAGGGGCUGCUAAUCCACGGUCAGUGCUGGAGGGGUAUCGGGUGGUCUCAUUUGAGAUUAAGCUCGGGGGGCUUUUGGAGCAAACAACCUGCUUUUCAGUGAGUGACCAGGACGACCGAAGACCAGCCGCACCAUGAGAGCUGUCCGCUGCUCGCCGCUGCUCCUGAUCUCUUUGUUCCUGCUAGCGACCAACAGUGAGGCUCUGCGGUGUUAUACCUGUAUGGGCUCCAACAACGACAACUGCAACCGGCAGGGCUCCAAAUCUUGUCCCAGCUACUCUGAUGCGUGUGCCGUGGUGGUCGGCCAUGACAGUGGAGUCAUGAAGUCGUGCUCCUACAAGUCUUUCUGCAGUCAGGCCGACAGCCAAGGCUACAGAGCGCCGGGGGUCAGAGUUCACUGCUGCUACGGAGACGACUGCAAUGUGAACAGCUUUGCCUCCCGGCUGCCAAGACUCAACUACCUGCUGCCGUUUCUGCCUCUGUUGUUCCAUUGUGUUUUCAAGUAGACGAAGAGCUCAAAUUCAAAUGCCAACAUCCGUUUGCAACACGAAUGACAAUUCUGUUUCACGCACUGAUUCUACACAAUCGGAGCUGCAUUACAAUUCCACUUUGAUUUGACAAAUGUACCUAAGCCUUUACGUCAAGGUUACUGCACAUGGCAGAGCUUGUGCUACUCGGUGUUACUGGAUUACACACACGUUGUUGGACUGACUAAGCAGUACUCAAGUACUCAAGGGGUGUUUGUCAUUUUUUAAUGGAUUUCACUUAGCUAAUAACCCGAGAAGCUAAAUGCUGUAAUAACAUGCAGUGAUAAUUCAUGUUUUGCUUCCCAUAUUUAGAGCGUAAGAGAUGCUGUCUAUCAGUUUCCCCACUCUGGUACGACACUCGGGACACAAUGUGUGAAAUCAAGUUAAUGCUGCACUACAUCAGUUUUAUUUUUCACCUUAACACGUCCUAGUAUGUCAGCACGGUUCUUUUUGCAGCAUAGGUUCCUGUUAAAUACAGCACCAGGAGUUCAAUCGGAUGCACGUCGUUACAUCAUCAGCCUCCUACCUGUCAUAUCUGACAAGUUGUCAAGGAUAUUUUGGAAGAAAGUGAGAAAACACGUCUCACAAUCGGCAAAUACACAUUUAACGUGCACGAGGCGGUGUGUCACACACAGGAGGUCAACCCACUGCGUUGGAAGUCACUUAAAGAAUUACUUUAUGAACCGAGUUUAAGCGCGUCUCAUUAGAAGACGGUCAGAUGCUACUGUAUAUAUUGUAUAGAACAUUUAAUAAAAAAAAUACUAAUCUA